AUGCUGCGGGAACUUUUCACGCAAGCAGAGCUAGGUGAUCAGACACCUUCCCAGCUCAUGCAUCACAUGCGCUCACUUCUCGGUGGUAGGCACAUGGACGACGCCAUUUUUCGCGAGAUUUGGUUAGAAAAGUUACCGGUGCCAAUGGAACAGGUUUUGGCUAUGUUGGACUCGAAUACACCCUUAGAGAAGCUAGCUACCCAUGCUGACAGAAUCAAAGAAUGUUACCCCAUUGGUGCCUCGUUUUCCAAUAUUCAACAGCCCCCGCCUUCCAAAGGCAAGCCCCAUCAGGGCACUGACUUUGAUUCAAUAGGCCCAGCAUUAUCAGAGCACGACACUCCCUAUACGGAAAAAGCACCAUGCUGUUGCACAAUCCGACGAGCGCCCACAUCAGCCGGUCCUCCCAGAACAUCCACCGACGCUUAUCGCACCGAUUACGACGACCUAAGAGACACUGUGCGCCUCCUUUGCACUCAGGUGAGAAACGUGUGCUCUGCUCUUAACAGUCUUCAAGCGGCUAGAAAACAGCUAUACUCACAUCGUCGGUCUAAAUCCCAUGAGCGGCGUUCACAACCAUUAUGUUGGUAUCAUCGCACUUAUGGCCCGAAAGUGCACACCUCCUUGUUUGUUCGCUCGUCUUUCACAGUUAAACGACGCCAGCCAGUAAUGGCGACGACUGCUGCUGGCCCGUCGCGACCCAGUCGACUUUUCUAUACCAACGACAAGUCGAGCGGCUUCCGUUUCCUUGUUGAUACCGGUGCCGAGGUCAGUGUCAUCCCACCUCUAAGGCGUCACCGCCUCAAGCUUUCGCAAUUCUCAUUGCAGGCUGCAAACAGCACCACAAUCAGCACCUACGGCCAACGGUCCCUCACUUUAGAUCUUGGGCUCCGGCGACGUUUCCAAUGGGUCUUUAUUGAGGCUGACGUCAAAUCGCCCAUUAUCGGGGCCGACUUUUUGUCAUCUUUCGGCUUAACAGUCGUUGUCAGACACCGUCGCCUCACAGACACAACCACCCAACUCUUUACCAUAGGUAUCAUUAGCUCUGAACGUUCGGUUGGCAUUCGUCUAACCAUCCCCAGCACCCCUUUCGCUGACAUUUUGAAGGACUACCCGUCCAUCACUAAACCAUGUCAUUUUACCAAAACCGUUCAACACGGAGUUAAACACCACAUUGUCACGGCAGGGCAACCUGUGCACGCUCGUCCGCGUAGACACCACCCUGAGAAGCUCCGAAUAGCAAAGAACGAAUUUGAACAUAUGAUGAAUCUGGGCAUUAUACGCCCUUCAUCUAGCCCAUGGGCCUCACCACUGCACAUGGUGCCACGUUUCCAGUACACGUCUACUACUCUGCAACUUCCAGAUGCACCGCUCCCUGCAUCACCAGUUAUAAGUUUGUGCGACUGGUCCACACGUACUCUCCGCCCUCUUGUUCCACUGUCCUACCGUAAGGUGGUGUUCAACCAUCUCCAUUCCCUAUCGCACCCCAGCAUCCGUGCUGGUCGGUUUAUCUGGCUGCAGAUUAAUUCUGACACUGUUCUUCGGACUAAGCAAUGCUUAGCGUGCUAG